CGCGCUGCAGCCGCUGAAGGAGGGGAGGGGCGGGGCGGACUCGGGUGUCAGCGACCGAGCCGCAGGUGGCGGCGGGCGCGGGCUCCGCCGAGCUACGAGAUGGGGAAAUUGAGGCACAGAGCUGGCCAGUGACUCGGCUACCAGACAAACACUGGUCGGGGCCUGUGGGGGUCUCCACAGCGGCCAUCAGGAUGUCGUAUUUUGGGGAGCACUUUUGGGGCGAGAAAAACCAUGGCUUUGAGGUUCUGUACCACAGCGUGAAGCAGGGGCCCAUCUCUACCAAAGAGCUGGCGGACUUCAUCCGGGAGAGGGCCACCAUUGAGGAGACCUACUCUAAGGCAAUGGCGAAACUCUCCAAGCUGGCCAGCAAUGGGACCCCCAUGGGGACCUUCGCCCCGCUCUGGGAAGUUUUUCGCGUCUCCUCAGACAAGCUUGCACUCUGCCACCUGGAGUUGACAAGGAAGUUGCAGGACCUCAUCAAAGAUGUGCUGCGUUACGGAGAGGAGCAGCUCAAGACCCACAAGAAGUGCAAAGAGGAGGUGGUGGGCACUCUGGAUGCGGUGCAGGUCCUCUCAGGCGUCAACCAGUUGCUGCCCAAGUCUCGGGAGAACUACCUGAACCGCUGCAUGGACCAGGAGCGCCUGCGCAGAGAGAGCACCAGCCAGAAGGAGAUGGACAAGGCAGAGACCAAGACCAAGAAGGCGGCAGAGAGCCUACGGCGCUCGGUGGAGAAGUACAACUCGGCCCGGGCAGACUUCGAGCAGAAGAUGCUGGACUCGGCCCUGCGCUUCCAGGCCAUGGAGGAGACUCACUUGAGGCAUAUGAAGGCGCUGCUGGGCUCCUAUGCCCACUCGGUGGAGGACACUCACGUGCAGAUUGGGCAGGUCCAUGAAGAGUUUAAGCAGAACAUAGAAAAUGUCAGCGUGGAGAUGCUGCUCAGGAAGUUUGCAGAGAGCAAAGGCACAGGCCGGGAGAAGCCAGGGCCCUUGGACUUCGAGACAUACAGCGCAGCUGCCCUGCAGGAAGCAAUGAAACGUUUGCGCGGAGGCAAAGCUUUUCGCCUUCCAGGACUGAGCCGGCGAGAGCGAGAGCCACGUGGAGCUGGAGACUCCGGGGAGCCCGACUCAGGGACAUGUCCAGAGGUGGAUGAAGAAGGCUUCACCGUCAGGCCAGAUGUGACCCAGAACAGCACAGCGGAGCCCUCCCGCUUCUCGUCCAGCGACUCAGACUUUGAUGACGAGGAGCCCCGAAAGUUCUACGUGCACAUCAAGCCUGCCCCUGCCCGGGCCCAGGCCUGCAGCGCUGAGGCAGCCACGGCACAGCUCAGGGCCACCGCGGGCAGCCUCAUCCUUCCUCCUGGCCCAGGGGGCACCAUGAAACGCCACUCUCCACGGGAUGCUACUGGAAAACCACACAGGCCUCGAUCUGCACCAAGGGCCAGUAGCUGUGCAGAAAAGCUGCAGUCAGACGAGCACUUUUCCAAGAGCCUCUUUGGGCCUCCCCUUGAAUCAGCCUUUGACCACGAAGAUUUUACAGGGUCCAGCAGCCUCGGCUUUACCUCCAGCCCCUCCCCCUUUUCCUCCUCCUCACCGGAGAACGUAGAGGACUCCGGCCUCGACUCCCCUUCCCACGUGGCACCUGGCCCCUCCCCGGACUCCUGGGUACCCCGCCCAGGUACCCCUCAGAGCCCUCCGGGCCGGAGAACCCUGCCGCCAGAGCGCAGGGGAGCCUGGGCUCCACAGCCACCUGACUCACCACAGACCCUCAGGGCAUCCCCAGGCCCCUGGGGGCUGGAGGCCAUGGCCGGAGGAGACCUGAUGGCCAUGCCUGCUGACCUCACAGCCCGGGAGGGCCUGGCGGCCCCACCCCGGAAAGCCCGCUCCAGGAAGGUGUCCUGUCCCCUAACCCGCAGCAAUGGAGACCUGUCUCGUUCCCUGAGCCCCUCCCCACUGGGCACUGCCCCAGAACGGCCCAGCUUCUCAACCCAGACAGGACAUGGAGUCUCCCGGGGCCCAAGUCCUGUGGUCUUGGGCUCCCAGGAUGCCCUGCCUGUGGCCACAGCCUUCACAGAGUAUGUCCAUGCCUACUUCCGUGGUCAUAGCCCCAGCUGCUUGGCGCGAGUAACUGGGGAGCUGACCAUGACCUUCCCAGCUGGCAUCAUACGUGUGUUCAGUGGGACCCCACCCCCGCCUGUCCUCAGUUUCCGCCUGGUGCACACCACCCCCAUUGAGCACUUCCAGCCCAACUCGGACCUGCUCUUCAGUGACCCCUCCCAGAGUGACCCUGAGGCCAAAGACUUCUGGCUCAACAUGGCAGCUCUGACCGAGGCCCUGCAGCGCCAAGCAGAGCAGAACCCGGCCGCUUCCUACUACAAUGUGGUGCUGCUACGCUAUCAGUUCUCCCGCCCCGGUGCCCAAUCAGUGCCACUGCAGCUGAGCGCCCACUGGCAGUGUGGCGCGACCCUCACCCGGGUCUCAGUGGAGUACUGCUACCGGCCUGGUGCCACAGCCGUGCCCACACCACUCACCAACGUCCAGAUCCUGCUGCCUGUGGGGGAGCCUGUGACCAACGUCCGCCUGCAGCCUGCUGCCACCUGGAACCUGGAGGAGAAGCGGCUCCUAUGGAGGCUUCCCGACGUGUCCGAGGCUGGAGGCUCCGGGCACCUGUCUGCCAGUUGGGAGCCACGCUCAGGGCCCAGCACACCUAGCCCCGUGGCCGCACAGUUCACCAGUGAGGGGACCACCUUGUCAGGCGUGGACCUGGAGCUCGUGGGCAGUGGCUACCGCAUGUCACUGAUAAAGAGGAGGUUCGCUACAGGGAUGUACCUGGUGAGUAGCUGA